AUUUCUUUCGGUGAACCCUACGGAGCAGUUUCUUGUGUUAUGGGUUGUGCCUAGGGGUGUGUAAUGUUAAUACAAUUUUGAAUAGUGCGUAAUGGAAGAAAUUCAGGAUAAGAAAUAUUCACAACCUUGCAUUGCUCAGCCAGUUUCUCCUGCUGGUCUAGAAGCCUUAUAUGUAGCUUGCAGAGAAAUUUACCCUGAUCAACCCAAUCCCCUGCAAGUAGCUGCUGUGAUUAAAUACUGGCUUGGCGGACCAGAUCCCCUUGACUAUAUCAGCAUGUAUUUCAAUCGAGGAAAUUCAGACUUAGGAGUACCUCCUCACUGGCAUUACAUAAGCUUUGGAUUAAGUGAUUUACAUGGCGAUGGCCGAGUUCAUGAAAAAACAGGACUUGGAGAAUUGUCAGGUUUUGGUUUUGAAAUAACUUUUCGCUUGAAACGAGAGCCCGGUGAAACUUCUCCUCCAACAUGGCCUGCUCAACUUCUCCAGUCCCUCGCUAAAUAUGUUUUUCUGUCAGGAAACGUAUUGUAUGCAGGAGAUCAUGUUUCUUGGCACAAAGCAUUAGAUUCAAGUGAAUCAUUAAUAGAACAUAUACUCUUAAUGGAGGACCCUCAAUUCAAAACUGUCUCAACACCUAAUGGUGAAGUAUCCUUCAUUCAAGUUAUUGGAGUUACUAAAUCAGAACUUGAAUGUGCCCAGCGAUGGUCUCCUCAUGGAGUGAUAGAAAUACUUAAGAAAAUUCCAGGAGGAACCUGUGGAGGUAAUUGGUUAGUCACAGACAUGAGAAGAGGAAUGUCCAUGUUUGAAUUAGAUCCAAACUCAUCUCAACUAGUAAAAGAAGGGAUAGAAAAAGAUGGGUCCAAUUUAAGUGGGGUUGCUGCUGUUUGUUCGUGGAAAGAAUCAAGAGAAAUAGAAGAAGAUAAAUACGGAGAAAUUGUUGAAAAUUCGUCCAGUAAUAAUAAAUACAGUUCAUUUUCACAUGGAUGCAGUAAUUCUUGGCAACAAGAAGAUUUUGAAUCUACCGAAUUAUUACAAAAAAAAAAUCUGGAAAAUGUAAUGCUUACAUUUAACUAUGAAUCAGGGAAAUUGUUGCCAUCUGUUAUCAGAGGAAGAGUGAGGCAUGGAAGACAUUUUUCAUUUAAGGCUGUUACUGGAAAUGGUAUGAUAACAUUAGUCGGUGAAGGAGUUAGUGGCAAAAGUGUGGAUACUGAACACCCUUAUGUUGCUACAGGGCCAUGGUUACAAGUUUUAAUACCAGAUUGCUAUGCAGAAGAAAUGGCUUCUGAUCUUGACUUGUUAGAAUCUGAUUAUGAAAAGUUGAUUUUGCCGAAAGUUUUCAGUUGGCCGGAAAGAGGUUUGUCGAUAACGAUAGAAUCUGGAUGUAUUGACAGUAUUAUCAAACAGCCUGUGUUAUAACAUUUACUGGAAAUAAUGUUAUAUGUAUUAAGUUAUUUGAGAGAAUAUUCUAUAGAUAUUGUUAUCAUUUUUUUACUGAAUAGAUUUAUUUAUAUUUUUGUGUAUUGUUUCACCUCAUUGGUUCCUUAUUUAUUACCUCUAGGUAUUACAUUGCAUAUUGAAGUUUUUCCACUUGUCUUUAUGUCAAGUGUUGACAGUCACUAUCCUCUGUUUAUCAGUUUAUAUUUUUGCAAAGUAUAUAUAUUGUAUAAAAAUAUUGCCUGACUAUGAUAAAUGUAAAUUAUUUUAAUAUUUAUAUAAAUAUAAAAAAAAGCUAAAUACAU